AUGACCAACUUUUCCCGCAGAGUUGCCAGUUACUACCAAUUGCUCACCUCAGAGCUCUGCCUGCUUUGCCGCGUAACUCCGUUUCAAAACUAUGCCAUUACCAGCCAGAAGCAAUGGGCCGCUGCUUGCAGCUCAGGUUUUGAUGAUGAUUGGUUCCACAUUGGCUCCCCAGGACGUGAUCUCCACCAAAUUCGCUAUACUAAACGCCUCGUUGCAUCUUGGAACUUGGAUCGCGAUGGGAUAGAGAACGCCAUAUUCGCCAUAUACACUAUCUACCGCGAAUAUGAACACCUCAUCCCAGAUGCCCCCGAGCUCAUGCAAACUUUCAUUGAUGCAGAGUCUGACGCAACGUGCAAGCGUAAUGCAUUUGUGUUCCUUGCACAUUGCACGAUACCUAAAGCUACGGAGCGGUUAAUUAGCAUGUUCAUCGAGUUGGAUUGCAAGAACGGCACGACACAUCGACCGCGAUAUAUCAGAUGCAUGUUUGAGUUGUUGAAUUCAUCAUCGCAUGCAGUAAAGUAUGAAGCUGCUACGACAUUCACUACACUCACGCAGAAUUUCGCUGCUGUGAAAGUUGCUUCGUGCUUUAUCAAUCUGGUCAUCAAAGAAUCAGACAACAAUAUUAAGCUAAUCGUCCUGGAUCGCCUGGAUACCCUACACUCGAAGCAUGGUCAUAUUCUGGAUGGACUGACGAUGGACAUCUUGCAGACAGGCAAGAUAUAUGGCAUAGGCCAGUUUCCUGAUGACGUUGGGGCCAAGCUAUCCCAGAUGAUCUUGGACAAUGUGUUCCACGGCGUGCUGGAUCAGGGACGAGGGCGCCUGAUCAUAUUUGAUGAGCUAAAAGUCGAUAACAUGUAUGGUGCAGCAAUUGAGACUCUGGUCCCUGGAGUUAAUUAG